AUGACUCGGCCAGCACAUUUCUGCUUGGUGCUGCUGUUGGUCUGGCAGCUAAAGGUCGGUUGCCAGUGGGCCUUCACAAAUUGCCCAGCUCAGUUGGGCAUACCUCGGCGUCUUGCAGGACGGACCGUGCGGCAGGUGCGGGAGAGGCGCCAGGCUAGCCCUCGACCCAGACCGAAGCAGAGGGGCACGGGCGAAGAUGAACACACGCCCCCGCGUGUCAUCACGAGCCGUGUGAGGAAUGCUGCCUCGGCAGCCGAAGUUUUGACCGUGAUGCAGUCGGAGCAGGAGAAUCCGGAGCUGAACCUGAUUUCAGUCUCUGCGGCCUGGUGCCGGCUUGCGCAACUUCAGCACAGCAUCAAUGCAGAGGUGGCUGACUCUUUGACAUUUCGGAUGUUUGUGAGGCUGACUCAAUCCCUGAUGGCAAAGCCAGAAGCACGCACAGUUGCAAACACGCUUUGGGCCACGGCAAGGCUUCAGGUUCGCGCGGCUCCGCAGCUCGCCACACUGUGGACAAGUUUGGCAAGCGCGAUCAACGCAACAGUUUCGGACAUGAGGGAGCAGCAUAUUGCAAACUCGAUUUGGGCAGUGGCGAAGAUUGCUACAAGCAAUCAUGGUUCCGAGGCAUUGUUGAAGUCAAUGCCUCUGUUGGCGAGCAGAGUUCCAACUGUGAUAUCAAAAAUGACAAGCCAGGCAGUUGCCAACGUAAUCUGGGCAACAGGACAGCUCUCGGAUGAUCCAGGCCAUGCUGCCAAAUCCCAGUGUCUGCGAGAGGUACUUCCCAUUGCGGUCUCCCAUGCCUGCACGGUGCUGCCUGUAGCCACCAUGCAAGAAGUUGCGAAUUCCUGCUGGGGACUUGCGCUGUGCGACUAUCAUGACACUACCUUCCUUGAAGCUGUCGCGGCCAGGGUGUCAAAUGAAGCUACUGGUUGGAGUAUGUCAAGUGCCCAGCUGGACCUGCCAUCAUUGCUGUUUGCCUUUGCACGGCUGAAGGCAGAGGGCCACGAUGACAUGCUGGGUGUCGCCGCCGAGAAGCUGACACCCAUGCUGUUCAGGAUCCAUGACUGGUAUUUGUGCGCCACGACCUGGUCAUACCAGCAGCUGGACCGAGGCGACAACUUUCUCGCCUUCCGGCAACACUUGGAAGAGGAGGUGAGACGCCGCCAGCUUUCAGAGGAGGACGUGGAGCGUAGCCGCCUUGGGCCGGAUGCCUGGUAA